AUGCUGGGGCGCGGGGCGGCGCUGCGGGACACCCCGCGCGUCUCACUCACGCGGCCUCUCCCUGGCGUGCGGCUCCUCGGCGGCGGAGACCGGUCCCGGCCGUCUCAGCCUCGCGACAGCCCAAGGGUGGUUCGCACACACACAUGCACUUCGCCGAAGGAUGUCUGGGCGAUCCCGCCUCCCCUCCGGCGUCCUUGGCGACGCACCGCACCAGGGCCUUCCCUGAGGUCACGCAGCAAAGACAAAAGGGCAGCCGGGCCGCCGCAGCCAGCGGCAGGGAUAUCCACGAGUCACGACCCCAAGCAGAGCAAAUCCAAGAGGCCAAGUCGAGGACCUGAGCGGCCGGACAGGCGCGGAGUGGCGGGGGGCGCAGGCCAGCCGGAAGGAGCGCAAAGGCCAAGCGCGGUGGUCCUGGCGCCGGUGGGAUCCGCUAGUCCGUGCAGAGCCCCGCUGGCCGUGGAACGGCAGCCCCGGCCGCGCGCGGGUCAGCCCCGCGGCUCCCGCCGACGCGUCGCAGCUUCCCUGCAGACACCUGAUGGCAAAGGUGGCAGCGACCCCGGCGGGCACCUGGGCGGGCGCAGCCCUUCCAGCCGCCUCGGACAGACGCCGCCCCUCUCCCCGUCGCUCGUGCUCCUCCAAGUGCAGGAACUUUUCUCCGGCUCGGACUCCGUCCCCCGCGGCCGCGGUGGGAGCCUCCCGCGACGUCGCGCCGCCGCUGCCCGGCUCCCGGCGCUGCACCUGACUCGGCGGCCGCGGUCCCGGGCCGGCCGGGCUCCUUUCCAGCCGCUUCCCCGGGGCGGCCCCUGCUCCGGGCGGGGAGCCGGGCUGAGGAGCCGAGGGCUCCGCGGGCUCCCCCGAGCUCCUCCUGGCAAGUGUCUAAACAAUAGGACAGACGCGGCCGCCCCAGACUCGCCCUGUUGCGGGAAGGUGCGUUGUUGUGGCGACUGGAGUUGUCCGCUCGGGCGGCCGAGCGCGCAGCUCAGCCGAACAAAAAGGCGGCCCGCGGCCCUGGAGCCCGCGGGGGAGCCCCGGACGCCCCCUUUUCUGCUCAGCACGCCCGCCGUGCCGGGAACGCUCGGCAGCUCCCGCCUGCGCCCGGGAGCCGCCGCGCUCCCAUCACUCGCCGCCGCCUUUCUCUUUUUCUUUUCUCCCCCUAAGCCCCGUCUGCGGCAGCCACCGCCUCCCCCGCCGCCGCCGCCAGCCGCCGCCGUCCGCGCGCGCCCCGAAUAA